ACGCGCCAUCUGGUUAUCGAGUGAGCAGCACAAAUCAAAAAGGCGAGGAGAGGAAGGUGUGGUCUCUUAGGACCGACGUUUCCUUCGUCCGCGUUCUUUCUUCCUUGAAUGGAUGGAUGGGCGCGCGCGCAAGAACGCCAAGCUACGAACACGACCUCCAACGCUUAGAAAAACUAGUCUUCUCCUCCUUCCCCCUCACUCGCCUUCUUUCUUCUUUCUCCGCUCUGCAUAUCUUCCUUCCACUUCCACCAACCAGCCUCGACAAUGGCCGUGCGAGCGCAUUACCCAUCCAACGUUUUGUUUCACAGCAGAGAUGAGAGUGAGAUGAAUGACGGGGAGAUGGCCCCUCCUUUGUUCGACCAAUCCCAUCUCUUCUUCUCCUCCAAUGGAGAAAAUAUAAACCGGUGGAAGAGAGCAAAAGAGGCGACGCCGUCUGCAGCGCCAUCGCAGCAGCAGAUUCCCUUCCCAUUACAGUCGCCUGCAGUAUUCGAUCCCUCGUCGGCACGAUCGCAGACGAUUCCAUUUGUAUCUACCGGUCUCCACCUCGCCUUAGCCGAGCAAACGAACAACCGGAUCAAAGAAGAACAACCCGAUUCCCUCCUCACGGCUUCUUUCUCAGAAGAGAUUGCCGCCCUGAUUAACAAAGAGGAUAACGAAAUUGAUGGGUUCAUCACUGCUCAGACGGAGCAACUCCGGCGAGAAUUUGCAAAGAGACGUCAGCGGCACUACUGCACUUUACUCGAAGCAGCUGGAAACAAGCUGCUAGAGAAGGAGGCGGAGGUCGAGCGAGCUGGUCGCUGCAUCUUGGAGCUCGAAAACCGAAAGAAAAUUAGCUAUCUGGCAGCUUCUGGACAAAGUGCAUGGUGUCCCAUUGUGACUCCCAAGAUUUGUGAAGAAGAUCUACCCAUCCAGGUCGCCGGUGAUGCGGAUCACAGAGAUCAUCUGGAGCAUAUAUGA